GCAAAUUCUGGCUGGGGUGGAAGUUCCAUGUAACGUAGAGGAUAUUGUAAAACUACAGCUCCAUGUAUUUCCCCUGCAAGCUGUGCUGGUACGUGUGCUUGUUGUCAGUCUCUUUACAGAGACAAACACGUUAGGGGAAUUUGCUGGAAGUAGAACUGCAAGGGAUCAUUCAUCUUCCUGAUUAACCUUUCACACAAUAUCCCAGAAUGGUUUGGACAAUGCCACCUUUAAAAGAUGCAGAGCUUGGAGCCUUCACAUUUUUUGCAUCUGCUCUCCCACAUGACGUUUGUGGAAGCAAUGGCCUUCCCCUCACACCAAACUCGAUAAAGAUCUUGGGCCGAUUUCAAAUUCUGAAAACCAUUGUGCAUCCCAGACUUUGCCAGUAUGUUGACAUCUCUCGUGGAAAACAUGAAAGGCUGGUGGUGGUAGCAGAACACUAUCCAAAAAGUCUCGAAGACUUGCUACGGGAAGGAACACCUGUGAGUUCUUCAAAGAUCUUACAUCUGGCUUAUGAAGUUUUGCAAGGCUUGGAGUAUAUGAAUCGACACCGAAUGGUCCAUAGAUCACUUGCACCUCACAAUAUUCUUCUAGAUGGAGAGGGACAUGUCAGACUGGCUAAGUUUGGGCUUUAUCAUAUCACAGAUCAUGGAGCUGAUGUUGAUUUUCCAAUAGGAUACCCUUCAUACCUGGCACCAGAAGUGAUUGCUCUGGGAAUCGUAAAGCCGACAGACCACACACAGUGCGAAAGGCCUCUACCUUCAGGUCCAAAAUCAGAUGUCUGGUCUCUGGGUCUUAUAUUGUUUGAACUGUGCAUGGGAAGAAAGUUAUUUCAGAGUCUGGAUGUAUCUGAGAAAUUAAAACUAAUUCUUACAUUAGGUUGUGUUGAUGACAUCAUUACCGUACUUAGUGAAGAACAUGGGUGUGUAGAUAUUUUAAAGACUGUCCCGGAAAAUACCUUAGUCUUGUUGCGAAAGUGCCUCACAUUUCAUCCUACAAAAAGACCUACCUCUGCGGAAUUGCUUGCUGACAGUGUAUUCAGUGACGUGUCCCCUUUGUACAUCCCCUUUCGCAAACCGGUCGGUCUAUUUUCAUCUGCUUUGAGAUGUGCUGAUCUGAUACUGCCUGACGAUAUUAGUCUCUUAUGUAAAGAUGAGGACAGUGACUUCCUGGCAGAAAGAUCUAUUGAAGAAGUAUAUCACCUGUGGUGCUUGGCAGGCGGCGAUCUAGAGAAAGAACUUAUGAGUAAGGGCAUCAUUCGAUCAAAACCACCUAUAUGCACUUUACCCAAUCUUCUCCUUGAAGAUGGUGAAAGCUUUGGUCAAGGAAGAGAUAGAAGCUCCCUGCUGGACGACACCACAGUGACCCUAUCAUUGUGCCAACUCAGAAAUAGGUUGAAAGAUGUCCCAGGGGAAGCAUAUUAUCCAUUAUUAGGCGAAGACCAAUCCAACAUACCACAUUCUGGCAGCAGCAAUGAGCUGUCCACCUCAGCCACUCUUCCUCUGAUUAUUCGAGAGCGAGACACUGAAUAUCAGCUAAACAGAAUUGUUUUAUUUGACCGGUUGCUGAAUGCAUAUCCAUACAAGAAAAAUAUGAUCUGGAGAGAGGCCAGAGUGGAUAUUCCUCCCCUUCUUAGAGGAUUAACUUGGGCUGCUCUUCUUGGUGUAGAGGGGGCCAUUCAUGAAAGAUAUGAUAUGAUAGAUAAGGACACUCCAAUACCUACAGACCGUCAGAUUGAAGUAGAUAUCCCACGUUGCCAUCAGUACGAUGAGCUCCUUUCUUCUCCUGAAGGCCAUGCAAAAUUUCGAAGGGUACUGAAAGCUUGGGUGGUUUCACAUCCUAACCUGGUAUAUUGGCAAGGGUUGGAUUCACUGUGUGCACCAUUUCUCUACCUGAAUUUUAACAAUGAAGCCCUGGCAUAUGCCUGUAUGUCUGCCUUUAUACCCAAGUACCUGUAUAAUUUCUUUUUGAAGGACAAUUCCCAUGUAAUUCAAGAGUACCUCACCGUGUUCUCCCAAAUGAUUGCCUUUCAUGACCCGGAACUAAGCAACCAUCUCAAUGAAAUUUGCUUUAUUCCAGAUCUCUAUGCAAUUCCUUGGUUCCUUACAAUGUUUACACAUGUUUUUCCUUUACACAAGAUAUUCCAUCUAUGGGACACGUUGCUGCUGGGAAACGCUUCCUUCCCGUUUUGCAUUGGAGUGGCCAUUUUGCAACAGCUAAGAGUCAGGCUUCUUGCAAAUGGAUUUAAUGAAUGCAUUCUUCUGUUUUCUGAUUUGCCAGAAAUUGAUAUUGAGCGAUGUGUCCGUGAGUCAGUUAAUUUAUUUUGCUGGACACCGAAAAGUGCAACAUACAGACAGCAUGCACAGGUGCCAAAGCAGAUCGCUGAAAGUAAUGGCAUGAGCAGGGCGGCAGCCAGCUUCACUGUGGACUUCCAGGAAUCCCCUAAGACUGACUUGGGCCGAGAACCAAUAAACAUAGAUGAUCUGAAGUCAGAAGUUUCCCCAAGAAUCUCAGCCGAAGAUCUGAUUGACCUGUGUGAGCUGACAAUGCCCAGUUUGUCCAGGAUACCAUCCAAGAAGAGCAAAUCUAUCAAGCCCAAACUUCUGGUGGUGGAUAUUCGGCACAGCGAAGAUUUCAAUCGUGGCCAUAUACCUGGAAGCAUCAACAUGCCCUUUGGUUCUGCAUUCACAACUGAAGGGGAUUUGGCACCAUGUCCCGCAAGUACCACCCUGCAAAACUUCAAGGGCAAAGUGGUUGUGACUGUGGGGCAUGCUGCCCAGAAUGCAGCUAAGUUUGCAGUUCACCUGGUAAAGCUGGCAUACCCAAGAGUUUGCAUUCUGGAUGGCGGCAUUAACAAGAUGAAGCUUACCGGCUUGCUGACUGUUCCCUCUCCUCAGAUAUAAGUUUACUGCAUUAUCUUAAUUUUAUACUAGAGAAACCAUUACACUCCUAGAAAUGCUCUCACUCAUCUAUAAAGAUACAUUUUAUCUCUGGAGCAAGCAGUGUUCUGACCAACUCCACCAUAUCUCCUGACCUUUUGACUCUCCUAGAAACCAGCAGGAUCACAAAGGAUGAACUGCUCCAGCCAUUGGUUGCUUUCAUUGCUUUUAUUUUGCACCAUAAUAUAAAUGUUUAUAUUGUGCCAUGUGCAGGCUGCACCGGUAAUGUCAUCACAUCCAGACUGGAAUGUUGGGCAAAGAUGUGCAUAGAAGAGACACACCUCAUCUUUUUAGUUUUAACCAAUCCAUUUUUACAGCAUAUUAUAUAUAUACAUCAAUAAUGAGAUUGUGUGACAGCUAUAAUCCAUGCACAUUGUACUGUUAGACACGACGCUAUCAUUAAAGCUGUGACUACUUUUGCGAAUAAUUUUCCAUAGUGUUGUUCAGACAUGCCGUGCAUUGUUUCUGCAUUACGGGUAAAACAAGGUAAAAUGCUAAUAAAUAGGUAUCCUACAGAUUAUUUUUUUUUUAAAUGCCUUAAGGGGCAUGUUGUAAUGGAAUUGGUCUCAAACUGUCUAAAUAGUCUCGAUGCAAAGUAACCUUCAUGCUCAAUAUUUAUUGUUGUUGGAAUCAGCUAGAGAUUUGUUCAACUUGUUUCUGCACGUUUGAUGUUAAUGCAUAAAUUUGCUCUUGCCUA